GCGCGCGCAGUUAGACGUCGGGCCAGGAGGUACGAAUGCUGUAGCGCAAGCGGAUUGGUUCUUGUCUAAAUGAGAGGCUUUUGUUCAGCAAAUCGGCUUCUCUAGUGACUGCGUUGAUAUGCAGAAGAGUAUCAUGGCGGCCGCUCUUGUAGAUUCUGUGGAGGGUCUAGAAGCGCCUUUGUUGACCCCCAAUGGUGAAAGCGGGAGAUCACAUGAUGAUACCAUGGAAACGUUACAACAUUAUAAUAGCCGGUGGAGAUCCAUUCGAAUAAUGUACCUUACAAUGUUCUUCAGCAGUGUUGGCUUCUCAAUAGUCAUUAUGUCAAUAUGGCCCUAUCUUCAACAGGUAGAUAAAACUGCAGACGCAAGUUUCCUGGGCUGGAUUAUUGCUGCCUAUAGUAUUGGUCAAAUGAUAGCUUCCCCCUUCUUUGGAGCGUGGUCCAAUUAUAGGCCAAGAAGAGAACCUCUUGUAGUUUCAACUAGUAUUUCAGUGGCUGCUAACUGUCUCUAUGCCUAUGUCCAUUUACCUGCUUCGCACAACAAAUACUACAUGGUGGUUGCUCGAGCUCUAGUGGGGUUUGGUGCAGGAAAUGUAGCAGUGGUUCGUUCCUAUGUCGCUGGUGCUACCUCUCUUACAGAAAGAACUGGUGCCAUGGCAAACACCAGUGCUUGCCAGGCAGUGGGAUUCAUACUGGGACCAGUUUUUCAGACCCUAUUUACUCUCAUUGGAGAAAAAGGAGUUACAUGGAAACUCAUUAAGCUUCAGGUGAACAUGUAUACAGCACCAGUUUUAUUUGGAGCUCUCCUAGGAAUUAUUAACAUUGUUCUGAUAUUUGCUGUGUUUAGAGAACAUCGAGUGGAUGAUACAGGAAGACCAUACAGAAGCAUUAAUUUUGAAGCAGAAGAAAAUGAUGAGGCUGGCGAGGAUAGUCAAGAAAGCGUUGACCUUGUGGCUGUUGUAUCAGCAAACAUUCUUUUCUUUGUAAUAUUAUUUAUUUUUGCAGUCUUUGAAACCAUAGCUACACCAUUGACAAUGGAUAUGUAUUCUUGGACCAGAAAACAAGCAGUGUUUAUCAAUGGACUUAUCCUUGGAGCUAUUGGCAUUGAGUCAGUCUUUGCAUUUUUAGGAGUUAAAAUACUUUCUAAAAAGACUGGUGAACGUGCUAUACUUUAUGGAGGCCUAGUUAUUGUACUGAUUGGAUUCUUUAUCUUAUUACCUUGGGGAAAUAAGUUACCUAAUAUCCAGUGGGAAGAAAUAAAGAAUAACUCUAUUACAACAACAGCUUUUACUGGCAGCCUCACAUCUUUCUGGAGAGUGCAAAUGCAGCUUCCAUCAAAUAAUAGUUCUGAAGCAACAGGAUGCCCCAUUGUACAGUCCUGGUGUCUGCAUACUCCAGUGAUCUACUUGGGCCAGUACAUUACUGCAGACAUUCUAAUAGGACUGGGCUAUCCAGUCUGUAAUGUUAUGUCAUACACUUUAUAUUCAAAAAUCUUAGGACCAAGGCCUCAGGGAAUCUAUAUGGGCUGGCUAACUGCCUGUGGAAGCGCUGGACGUAUACUUGGGCCAGUAUUUGUCAGCCAGCUCUACACGCAUUUGGGACCUCGCUGGGCAUUCAGCCUAAUCUGUGGAAUUGUUGUUCUCUCUCUCUUUCUCUUGGAAGUGGUGUACAAGAGACUGGUUGCAUUUUCUGUCCGAUAUGGGAGGCUCCAAGAGCAGAGCUGUUAGGUAUGGGUAACUGCUUACCAGUCCUUUAUUGCUGCAUCAUUGCCCUUAUCCAAGGAGCUAUGGUACUGCACUUAUGACUAACCAGGGUUUUACAUGCACUACUACUAAUUAAGUCUAUUAAUCAAGUUGUCAGUAGGAUAGAAUACUGGACGUGAUAGGCUGUGAUCAUAGUAAGUAAAGAAACUCUUGAUGUUUUGAGAGAUGAUACUCUGAUCUGUAGUUUAACCCUGUUUACCUGAAAGGAAUAGUUCUUUGCCCAUUUUAAAAAUUUUAAAUUUGCAUACAAGGUAUGUACAGUAAUAACAUUUUAUUGAGGGGAAGGGGUUUCUAACAUUCAGGGUUGGCUCCCAUUUAAGUAUAGUACUGGGCAAUACUUUCAAAGUGUACUGAUUCUGUGAAUCCGAUUGUACUUAAAGUGGUUUUCAUAUUGAACUUAAAAGAGCCCAUCUAAUGCACUUUUCUAAUCGUCUACCUCUUCUCUGUGAUUGUUUUCUAUAUUUAUAGCAGGCUCUGCUACAGUAAAUAAAAUCUUGAACAACAUA